CUUCAUGAAAACAGGAGUCACAGAGACAAUGUUUUUAACUCUCACACAUCAGAGAUUAACCCUGAUACUCAUACAAGUGAAAAUUCUUUCGAAUGUGACACUUGUGGAAACACAUUUGGGAACAGUAAUAAAUUGAAGAUUCAUCGGAGAACACACACAGGUGAGAAACCUUAUUUAUGCAAAAUAUGCAGGAAAAGGUUUGGACGUAGUGGUCAUUUGAAAGACCACAUGAGAAUUCACACAGGUGAGAAGCCUUAUUGUUGCCAAACAUGUGGGAAAGGUUUUGUAAGUAAUGGCAGUUUAAAAUUCCACAUGAGCAGUCACACAGGUGAGAAGCCGUAUUGUUGCCAAACAUGUACAAAAUGUUUUGCAAGUAGUGGUCAUUUGAAAGUCCACAUGAGAAUUCACACUGGUGAGAAGCCAUUUUCUUGCCAAAUAUGUCAGAAAGGUUUCUCACGGGGUAGUUGUUUGAAAGUCCACAUGAGAACUCACACAGGUGAGAAGCCUGCAACACGUAAUAAAAGCUUCUCUUAGUUUACACACAUGAAAAUGCAUUUAAAGAUUCUUACAGGUAAAAAUUUGUGUUUACAAAACGAGUGGGAGAGCUUUCAGGGUUAGUGGUGAUUGACAACACACAUGAGAAGAGCUCACACCUUUGAGAAUUCAUCACUGCAACUCUGGAGUA